AUGGCGUCUCUUGUUCUCGGCGCUCCGUCAGAGAGCUUUAGUCUUAAUCCUGCCCCUACUCAGUUUCGAAGGAAACCUGUCCCACAGAAUGUCGAUCUGAUCUCGGAACCUACUCACCCCUCCUCUCCCCUUUCGAUUGAGGGAGAUAAACCCACUCUCAUUCCCUCUGCUCCUGUGGAUAGACCACCCUCCCCUUCAACGGCGGAUGGAGACUCUUUUAUAUCGGUCCAAAAGAACCCGAACAGAUAUUCCCGACGAGCACCCCCCAAGCCGCUCCAACUGGAUACUGCGGCGUCCCGGCCUGGUUCUGCCGCAUUCCUGAGAUCGGUACUCGACGAAGACGACGACGACGGGCCAGACUACUUUGACGAAGAAUACGAACACCAGUUCACAUAUGGAACCGCAACCCCCUUACACAGUCGACUAGAUAGCGAACCAUUCAUCCCGGUCCUCAAGUCCCCUCCUCCAACACGACGGGCAACGAGUAUGGCAUUGCACCUCCCUAUGAACCGACCCCCUCUACAUAUCGACGUGGAUUCGCGAUCAAUGUCAAUGAGUUCGACGGACCCCAGACUCCCCAAGACACCAGGCAAUAAGAUCAGUUCCUUCUUUGGCUGGAAGGCGGCGAAUAACAACAAUAAUAUAACAACAUCUCCUGGAGCUGAAUCGUCCAGCACUGAGAUAUCCGACUCGGGUCGCUCUACAAUGCCUUCCCCGAUGCCACCGUUAGCAAACGUUCCUAUGAAACCUCCUUCUCCCUAUGAUACCAAGAGCAAUGGCUACAAUCUCCCGGCACGGACUCCGUCAGUUGGAUCUGGGAGUUUGAAGGAGAAUGUAUUUGUGUCUAAAAUUUCGGACCUGGAGAAUGAAUUAAGAGAGAUAAGCUCUGAAUUGGCAGGGUCUAUACGCCGAGAGAUGGAUCUGGAGGAUCUAGUGGAACGUUUACAAUUAGAAGGUCCGGAUUCCAACCGCCGGACUAGUGACUAUUUCUCGGAUUCAGGGACUAGUUCUGUUCGAUAUGCUUCAGACGCUGGCCGGUCAGAAGAUAUUGAGAAGAUCCGUCGUGCUGCAGAACAGGAAAGAGCUCAACUCAAGGUCGAAUUAUCCCAAAAGCUGCAAGAAGAACGCUCCAAACGAACAGCGUCUGAGUCGCAUGUUCAAAUUCUGGAGAGUCAGGUUCAACAGCUUCGACGGGAUAGAGUCGACUUGUCUGAUAUGUCGUCUAAAACCAAAGAACUUGAGACUGCUCUGGAAAACACCAAGCGCAAGUUACUUGAAGAGAGACAGUCCAAGGACAAUUUUGAAGACUUGCUUACCGCCAUGCGAGUCGAGCUUGAACAGUUGCGCAACGACCGAGACGAGCUUCGGGAUAAUAAUAAGCUUGCAGAAGAAAUUGAAGCUCUUAAAAUCGAAAAUGCCUCACUGGCCCAAUUACAAGGCGGUCGAUUCGCUUCGAUCGCCGAGGAAGGUAGUUCACCCAGGAAUUCAGCAUUUGGAUUAUCACGAUCGAACUCCCUCGCUCGCAAGCCCAGCGGCCUCGCCCGUUCGGGUUCACUAUCUCGAUCCAACUCCCUUUCCAACAACGGGGGCAAAUCACCCGAAACACGUGAGUCGUUGAAUGACAAGGUCAACGACAUCGAGGUUCAACGCGAUGUCCUUCACAGAACGCUGCGCAGUCUGCUCGAUCGUCAAGCAUACCAGGCCCGUGAAUAUGAGAAGCGGACCCGUAUGCUUGAGAUGGAGCUUGCUCGGGCCCAGCAAUCGGGCCAGCCCCGGCGGCUGGGCUACCAGCGGGAGGUAUAUAGUCUUCGUGAUGAAGUCAACCAUCUGCGCAUGCGCGCUGAAGAUGCUAUGGACGGGAAAUGGCAGUCCGAGAAAAACCUUGCUGGUCUCAAGAUGGACUUGGACCGUGCUGAACAAGAGACCAGCUCCUUGCGCGCUCUUCUCCAGGAGGAUACUGCUGCUUCUGAUGAAUGGAAAUCCAACCCAGAGGACUUUGCGGAAGUCAUGGCGACUUCCUCCUCUUUGGAAUCUGCCUACCAACAUCUGCAGGCCGAUAGGGCAGCGGCCGAGGCGAAUGUCGCUAAUUCAGAAGAGCUUACCUCUUCCCUUGACCGUACAGAGUCCCUGGCCAACAAGAUUCAGUACCAGCUUCGAAACAAUGCCUCUCUACACGCCCGGCUAGCAGAGGCUAUUGACAAGGGUGAAAAUGAUCAGAAGAUCUCAGUCAACCGAAUCAAUGUUCUGCAGAACCGCCUGAAGGAAUUAGAGGAUGUCCUCUUGGUGGCCCAGCAAACUUCCGAAGAGGAGAUGAGCAAGCACGAGGAGGAGGUUCGCCUCUUGAGAGAGAGCCAAAAUGCCCAGCUUACGCGUAUGAAGAACGGAGGCCGCGGCCUCGUUGGUCUUUCACCCCGGCCACCGAGCACGCCCUUCGACGCCCGCUCGCCGCGUCUGGAUCAGACCUCGAGUGGUGACGGCGUUCCCUUGACCGAUGUUGUCCAGGCCGAGGUUCUCGAACGACGAGUCAAGGAUCUUGAGAAGCUCCUCCGCGAUGCGGAUAUGGAGAUGGAGCAAGUGGUUGGACGCAUGAACCGCACGCAGAUCCAUGUCGCCCAGCUUCAAACUGACAGAGAGGAUGCUCUUCGCCUGACCCGUCAACUCCAAAGCGAGAUUCAGACUGAGCGCGACGCUCUGAGGUCACUCAUGAACGCCUUAUAG